UCCAACCGCCAGCUCCUCCUCCGGUGCAUCGUUUGCAUCACUACUUCUGUGAGCGCUUCUUCGCACACUGUAGCAACCUCCGUUCCCGAAGCGAUUCAGCAGAUAAUAAUCAAACCCUAAAAAGUAGUCGAAUUAUCUUCAGGUUACAAUUCAAAUCGGACUAACCUAAACGAGGGAUGGAAACAACCGUCGGCUGCUGCCCUCAUUGGCUCAUUGCUAUGUGGAUGUGUCUUUUUACCUUAACUUCCACCCUGGACAUGACAAAAACAGAUAUAAGGUGCAUUCCAUCAAGCCAACUCUCUGUUAUCAAGCCGGCUCCCCGGGAACUCUCUAAAGUGGGAUUUGAUCCAUUUGGAAAGGGACCAGAGGAUGAAGUUGUUGGGGUGGCAGAGAAGUCACCAGGUUGUCACCCCUUUAAAAGCAGCUGUAAAAAAGUAAAUGUUGCGGAAUAUUUAGCGCGCGUCUCCGGUGAUGGCGAGGCAAGAAGUUCAGUCCCCGAAUCCGAGCAUCCGUUUGUAAAUAAAUCAUACAGCCGUGGAUUAGAAGAACGUCGGCUUGUGGAUAGUUCUGAAGUGCUCUAUCAACAUCAAAGUGGCUCGGGCAUCACCUCCAAACUCACAGAUAGGCCUAUGUCUCCACCUGCCACCCUCAAUAAAGUAACCGUCAAUAACACUAGACAUAAUACAAUUAAUAGUUUUGGAAGAGAAAAUAGACUUAAACGACAUGCGUUAUCAAAAAAGAAGGCUGGGGCAAGUUUGAGGAACCUUCGCCGUCGACGAAAGCGCAGCUUCCAGACGGCGGAGAGCAGAACAUCUUGGUCCGGAUUCCGAUGGAACGGUGAAGAUGCGUCUACCUCCGUGCAACAUGAGUUGAAACUCAGUAGUUCUACAUUCGCACUCACGGGUGAUUCAGCUCAUAACCAAGCCAUGGUGCAUUGGUCCGGCCAAAAUAGCAGCGUGAUUCUAAUGCUGACUAAGUACUUUGACUUCAGCCUUGGCAGUGUCACAGAGAGCUCUUUAUGGAGGUCAACAGACUAUGGAACCACGUAUGAGAAACUUGAUGAAAAGGUCGGGCCAAAAACCAUACUAAGCUACUUGUACGUGAGUCCGAAUAACAAACGAAAGAUCAUGUUACUGACCGACCCGGAGGUGGAGAGCAGCCUGCUCAUUAGCUUUGACGAGGGCGCAUCCUAUCAGAGGUACCACUUAGCCUUCGACAUCCUCAGCCUCCUCUUCCACCCCGAGCAGGAGGACUGGAUCCUGGCUUACAGCCACGACCAGAAGCUCUACGUCUCUGUUGAAUUUGGAAGACGAUGGCAGCUCGUACAUGACAGUGUGGUCCCCAACAGAUUUUACUGGUCAAAACUGGGUUUGGACAAAGAACCAGGAAUGAUUCACUUGGAGACAAGUAUUUCUGACAGACGAUCCCAGUAUAUAACAUGUAAGCUGCAGAACUGCACAGAGGCCAACAAAGGCAGGCCUUUCCCUGGGUUUAUCAGCCUGGAUUCCCUGGUGGUUCAGGACCAGUAUGUAUUCAUUCAGGUACCAAUGGGUGGCCGGCCUGUCCAUUAUGUGUCAUACAAAAGAAAUGCUUUCUUCCCCAUGAAGCUGCCUAAGUACACAUUUCCAAAGGACUUGCAGAUAAUCAGCACAGAUGAUAACCAGGUGGUGGCAGCAGUGCAGGAUUGGCACCAGAAUGACUCCUACAACUUGUACAUGUCAGAGGCCCGCGGUCUCUUCUUCACUCUGGCCCUGGAGAACGUAGUGAGCAGUGGGGGACCAGAGGGCAACGUUAUGAUAGACCUCUAUGAGGUAGCAGGGAUAAAAGGGGUGUUCUUGUCAAAUAAAGUUGUCGAGAACGAAGUGAAAACAUUUAUCACUUACAAUAAGGGGCGAGACUGGCGUCUUCUACAUGCACCUACCACUGAUCUGAGCGGUACCAGACUCUACUGUGUACAGCCCUAUUGUUCAUUGCACCUGCAUCUCCAUGUGUCUGACAACCCGUACACGUCUGGAAACAUAGUCAGCAAAGAAUCAGCUCCAGGAAUUAUAAUAGCAUCAGGUACCAUUGGGCCUGAGCUGACCGCCAAUAAUGUCAGCAUUUUCAUCACCUCAGAUGCUGGCAACACUUGGAGAGAGGUAUUUGAGGAGGAGUAUAGCAUCCUCUUUCUUAACCAGGGCGGUGCCCUAGUGGCCAUUCGACACACACCUCUCCCCAUCAGACACAUUUGGUUGAGCUUUGAUGAGGGAAGACACUGGAACAAAUUCAGCUUUACCUCCUCUCCUCUCUAUGUAGACGGAGUCUUAGGAGAGCCAGGGGAGGACACCCUCAUCAUGACAAUAUUUGGCCAUUUCAGCCAUCGUUCUGAAUGGCAGCUCGUCAAGAUUGACUUCAGGCCCAUCUUCAACAGAAGGUGCACCACAGACGACUAUCAGACCUGGCAGUUACACAAUGACGGUAAAGUCUGCAUCAUGGGAGUGAAGAGAAUCUUCCAGAAUCUGAAGCCCGACGCCAGAUGUGUCAAAACCAAAGAUCAGUACAUCUCCCAGAUGUCAGACUCCUGUCCAUGCACUGAGGCUGACUUUGAGUGUGAUUAUGGCUUUGAGAGGCAGAGUGAUGGAGGAUGCACUGCUGCCUUCUGGUUUGUUCCAUCCUCCGUGUCCAGAGACUGCACCACCGGGGACAGCUUCCUAAACUCUACAGGAUACCGUAAGGCUCUGUCCAAUAACUGCACUGCGGGAACCCUGGGGAAGUACCGCCUUAGGAGACAGAGGUGUCCCCACCAGGCCCCCAGAGGUCUGCAGCUGGUCACCAGUGAGGGAACACUCACAGCCACCCUGGGGGACAACGUGACCUUCCUGGUGUUUCUGGAGGAGGGUGAUGGCUCCACAACAAGUAUAACAGUGGACUUUGGAGAUGGGACGGCCAUAUCCUACGCUAACAUCAGCUCCAUAGAGGAUGGGGUCAAACAUACCUACAGUAAAGUGGGCAUUUACCAAGUGGCUGCCAUGGCACUCAACAGCCUGGGCUCUGAGAGAGUCUUACUAUACCUACAUGUUACUUGUACACUGGAGCAAGUGCAGCUUUCAGCUCCUUCUGUGGUUGUUAGGAAUAAAGCAGUGAAUCUAUCAACAGUCCUAAAGCCAAGUUACGUUGGAACGGUCACAUACUUCUGGUGGUUCAACAACCACACUGAGCCUGUCGUGACUUUAGUGGGAGGAAUGUCCUUCACCUUCUACAAGGAGGGAACUCAUACGGUCACCGUACAAGUGUCAGUAGGCAACACCGUCCUUCAAGACAAAAUAACUGUUGCAGUCUAUGAAUAUUUCUGGUCACACGUUUUAGCAUUCUCCUCUAAUCUGGAUGCCUUCAAUCCUGCUGUGGCUGAAUGGAGGCAGGACAUCAGUAGGGUGGUCAAGGACUCCAUGGUCCAAGUCACAGGGAUCAAUGGAGAGCAGCUUCUGGUGUCAGUGCUCCCAGGGUUGCCAACGGCAGCAGAGUUGUUUAUCGUCCCAGAGAAAAGGUCAACAGAGGGGACGAUGAAUAGAAAAGGGACACAUUUAGAGCAGCUUUCUCAGGUCCUGCUAAGUGCCCUGAACCAAGACCUCAUCCAGUUUACUCUGCGGCCCGGGGUUCAGGUUAACGUUUACCCCACACGACUGUCUCCAGCUCCUCUCGUGGACACCAGUGAGAGUGGACACAAUGGUGCUGCAGUCAUUAUGCUAGUGUCUGUAGUAUUUGUGUGUUUGGCAGUUUUCGUUAUCUACAAGUUCAAAAGGAAGAUCCCUGGCAUCAACAUAUACACAGAGGAGAGGUCAGAGAAACAACAGGAAGUGAUCCCUACGGUGGCGUCCAUAGCUGUCCCAAAUCCUGAGGGAGACAUGGUGACCUCUUUGGAGCACUUGGACACAGGGCCAGAUGCACGUGGCAUAGGAUACCUGCCAUCUCUCACAGACAUCAAACUCUCAGAUGAAACUCCCCAUGUGUUUUAAUUCUCCGAGUCUACAGCCGACUUGUAAUACAUCUUUUUGUCAGUUACUUCCAGCAAACUCUAAAGUCAUGGAACCAAUGGAUGGUCUCGGGUGUUUUCUACUCAUGCAUGGACAGACCAGCUUACACUAUUUUGCCUGGACUCUGGGGGGGGGACUGUACAGAUUUUUACAUGCGUCUUGAAAAAGGAAAUUUUUGAUCGAAAUACUUGUAUUUUUGCAAGAACAUUGAAGUUGUUUAUGGAAAUAGUGUAAAUUCAGAAUUGCUGAACUAAAGAUUAUUUGACUCAGAUGGUUACAGUCGUGUAUAUGACCUCAAGACAUAAAACAGUAGUGUACAGUAAUCUAUUUAAUUUGAGUGUUCCAUUUAUAGUUCAUCUCUAGUGGUAGGUGUGUGGAGGAUAUGUAAGUGAAGUGUACUUAGUAGCUAACUACAUGGAAAUGCUGUAUUUGAAUGAGAUGUGAGAGAAAUGUCUGAAUGUUUGGUUUGAUCACAUUGGCCUGAGUUCUAACUUGAGAUUCAUGCACAAAACUCUGCACUUGUUUCUCAAAUUUGGGUUCAGCCCAUAAGGCAUGCGCUAGUUCAUAUCUAUGACUGUGUUAAGCCAUUCUUAUGACAACGUUAUGACAGAACUUAUGUUAUAUCUGCUGGUUGUAAGAGGAUGGAAUUUUUCACUUUGUACAUAUCAAUAUCAGACGAGAUCUUUCCCACUGGGCAAAAACUGGUUGAAUCAACGUUGUUUCUACGUAAUUCAACCAAAUAAUUGUGAUGACGUUGAAUCAAUGUGGAAAACUGAUUGAAUUUGCAGAUGGUCACCAACGUAAGGGCAUUUCACCCAACUUUGAACCUAAAUCCAAUGAUAUGGUGUCAUUUGUUGUUGAUUUCACUUUGAAUUCAUGUUAGUUGACAACUCAACCAAAUGUAAAUCCAAACUAGACGUUGAACUGAAAGUCUGUGCUCAGUGGGUUGGCUCUGCUGGAUUCUGCCUGGAUCAGAAGUUGAGGGCACACUGAAAUUGGAGUGCAGUCCUUGCAGAAAGAGACGGGUAGACCCCAGGGGCUUGCAUGAGGUUAUAGUUCAGGACUUACCAUGCAGACUUCAUGUCUGUCAAAGCUUGGAUUUUCUGAAGAGGUUUUGCACAUAAGAAAGGGACAUACAGUAUCUGCAUGCUCUUUUUUUUCUUUACGUUUAUUCUCACACUGGAUAUGUGCCAUGGUAUUAACUCUGGAUGCUACCACUCAACUUACAGUAUUGUUGCACACAUUACCAUCGGAACUUCUUUCCUUGGGCAAAAUGCUAUAGGGGAAAGAUUCAUUUCCAAUCUCCUCGUUUCCCGAAUUGGGACUGAGAAAUGGAAGAAUAUUCCUUCUUGUCGACAGUCUGCUAGACUGAGAUGACUGACAGUUUUCGGUUGGUUGGCUGUCUCGUUGGGAGAGGCACAGAAGUUCUGAAUCAAACUCUCUUUUAAUGUAUUGUCAGCAUAACAUGUCAGUUAGACAAAUUAACUAGAAGCUAUCCACUUGCCUCCACACUCCUUCAAUACAGACUAACACAUAAAUGAACUCAACAACUCAAACCAUACAUCAGCAAUUCCGUUUUUAUUCAUAGCUUGGCAUUUCUAAAACAACACUUUGUUAAGCUUUGUUAAGCAUACUGUGCAAGAAAACUGUACAUAUUUGUUUUCAUGUUAUUUGUUUUUCACUUCACAUAGAGUUACAGCUAAUAUGUAUUUGGAGAAAUGUAAAGUACUUUCCAUUUGCAAACAGGCUAUAGCUACAGUAGGUGUUGUGAGUCCUCUACAGCCCCGUUUAUACCUGGUGCUAAUAUAUGUCCUUUGUCCUGAUCUUAUCCACAUUCUGAUUGUGCCCUUAUUGUAGCCAUUGUGUAACCUUUAUUUAACUAGGCAAGUCAGUUAAGAACAAAUUCUUAUUUACAAUGACAGCCUACACUGGCCAAACCCGGACAACGCUGGGCCAAUUGGACUCCCAAUCACGGGCGGUUGUGAUACAGCCUGGAAUCGAACCAAGGUGUCUGUGGUGACGCCUCAAGCACUGAGAUGCAGUGCCUUAGACUGCUGCGCCAUGGCAUUUAAACAUGGUAGUAAAUGUGUCUUGUACACAUUUGCUGUGUACCUAUUGUGACCAGAUAUCCUGGUCUGUCCCUGUAUGCAAAUUAUUUAACAGAUAUUCUUUCAAAAUAAUAUUUACUUAUUGUAGGACACAUAUAGAUUUCAUAAGUCAAUGGUGUCACCUGUCAAGGACUUUAGGGGGUGGGAUAGUGAUGAUUUCACAGUCCAGAUCCGUCUACGCUUGAAAGAUUUCCAGACACAAUGCAUUUCAGACUACCUCCGGAGGUGGUCAGGAAGAUCUGAUCACAAUCAGAUCACAAUGUUUCUUUUAAUCAACUACACCUGUUUAAAAAUGUGGGCACAAUCAGAAUGUGGACAAUAUCAUGACAAAGGACACAUGUUAGAAUCAAGUAUAAACGGAACUUACGGUUCAUCAAUUCAGAUGUGUUUUGGGGUGAUAUCCUUCCAUACCAGACAAUGUGAGUUGAAAGAAUACAUGUAAAAAAUACUGGCAAUAUUAAGAUCUAGAGGGUCAAACAUAUUGAACAUGAUCAUUUUUGGUUCAAGAAUAUCUGCAGCUAUAUUUUUAUUUGUAUUUGUUUAACCUUUAUUUUAUCAGGGAGUCAUAGUGAGACCAAGGUCUCUUUUACAGAAAAUGCACACAUCAGUAUAAAUACUAAAUGUAAGCUGGAAGAACAACACGGUCAUAAAAAACAAACACAUUCAUCAGCUUUCUGAACUUGCCCUAGAGAGACCAGAACAUCACAUUUAAGAACAUUUUGAAGACUGUCACACAAAUAACGUGCAAGAAAACUUAAAGCUGAUUUACCUAACUCAGUAGAGACCAAAGGAAUUUCCAAAGUUUAGUAAUGAUGUUCUGUAUAGUGGUACAUUUUGUAAAAGGGGUUUAUAAAUGAAAACAUAGCAAUUCAUCAACUUACGUGACGUCAAAGAGGGCCAACCAACUUCCUGGUAGAGAAUGCAGUGAUGAGUACUAAAAUUGUCGCCCGUAAUAAAGCGUAGUGAGCAUAUAACGGUUUUAAUGAAGUGGCAGCUGCGUUCAUAAAGAUGUCGCAAUUGUCUAGGACCGAUAGGAAUGCUGACUGAAUAAUCUGCUUUCUACUAUUUAGCGAGAGGCGGGACCUAUUUCUAUAGAUAUUCUGUUUGAUUAGUUCAGGAAAAUAAUUAUUCCAACUGCCCCUAACAGUUGGUUGGAUAACAGUUUGAUUUAGAUGCUGAUAAACCUGAGUUAGCUACAGUAGAUCUGAGCUUUUAUUAAGAUGAGUAGGAGGAGAAGCGAUCUUGGAGAAAACGGACUGGGAUUAGCUCAUGAUAAGGAUCUUUAAGAUAACCAUCCACAGUUCUGUUUUUAACUGUAACAAGUGUUAUUUAGCAUACAAUGUGUUCUAAGGUUUCAUUUGCAUAUACUUGGAGGCCGACUGGGAGGACAAUGAAGCCUGGAGUGUAUCUAAUGGACUAGUUUCACAUUUUCCCCGCUGCUCAACAAAUUAAUUAUCCCCUCUCCAGGAUAUCAACACACAGUCAAGCAGGAUUUCCAUAAGUGGAAUAGCGCCUUGAAUGAAAAUAUCCCACAACAAUAGCUAGCAGCAAUAUUGUGUUAGACCCAGUGUAAAAUUGACGAGCGUGUUUCCUUUCAUUGAGUACUGCAUUAUGGUAUCUGCCCCUGCUACAGGAAUGCAGUGCCAAUAAUUUGGAAUGAGAAACUGAGGUAGAGUGAGGCUCCCAGGGUCAUGGAGCUGUUUGGCAAUGAUGGAGGUUGGUGACUGACAUCAUGGUGUUGAAAUAGUGACACAAAAAAGUCAAGAGAGAGAAAUACAGACAGGGGGUGGGGGGAGAGAAAGAAAUGCACUGGUUCAGAGCCAAAUAUUACUUCAAUGUCAGGGGAAUGAAAUCUCACACAAACUGAUCAUACUUCUGGCAAAAAGCGGUAACUUCAGGGCCUAUGAUGAAUAACAAGGAAGUGUUUGUGUGUGUGUGCAUGUCCAUGUGUGUGCAUGUCUAGCCUUAGUUGGCAGAUAUAAGGAAUAUGUGUUCUAGCCAGGAUUCACUCUGCAAUACCUUUGGGGGUAAUAGUGAAACAAAGGUUCAGGAAGCUGGGGGGUGUUUGUGUUAGAGGCUGUCCCCAUGACAGUACAGACAGACAACUACUCUGACAGAGGACAUGCAUACAUUAUUUAAUGGAAAUAGCUUUGUUUCUCAAUCACUUCUGUGGCAAUUAGUUAUUAUAAGGUAGACUAUCCCCGAACCAUGGUGAAUAACAUGAAGCAUUGGUCAUGAUAAUUAUGCUGGUUUGGUUAAAGUCUUGCGAACCCAGACACUUCAGUCUUAGAAUCUGUGCUUAUGGAGAACGUAAAGCUUGGAACUUAAGGUUAGUUUCCUUUAAAUAUUUGUUUUCAUCUCCAUCAAUAUAUGUAAAAAAAAAAAACAACAACAUACUUUCAUAGAAAAAUACAUUUAUUUGGAACAAUUUGAAAAUUGUAUUUUGUUUACAGUAAGAAAUGUGAAGUAAAAACUAAAAUAUUAGCUUAGCUAACAAAAUGAACAAUACAGUACAGCUCAUGCUCUACAGCAACGUUUGCUACAUGUUCAACAAGACCAUCAGACAAAUGUUUUAUAAACAGUUUAAUACUUUGACUAAUCUUAAAAUCACCAUAAUCAACACUUGCUUACUUCUUCGUAUUAUCUUACAUGUUACUGCUAAAAAGUGAAUUAUGACAUGCUAGAAAAGGUGAACAAUAUUAUUGUACUUAUUGUAAAAUGAGCAGAAGGCUAAUAAAUAAUACAAACUCUG